GAAAAUUUGGGGUGUAUUUGAUACAAUUUUAAGACUAACUAAAUUGACAUCAUAGUCCAAAUUUGUGAGCAUUUUUAUGACACCCCAUUCAAAUUAACUUGUCAGCUGGUAAAUUUGAGAGAAGCAAACGAAUGCUUAAGGAGACCUUUGAUACUUCAUCGUGUUUGCAAAACCCUAAGCCCCAAAAUUGAGGAGCGAGAAGAUGGCGCUCUACAGAGCUCGCAUUUGUUCCUCUCCUCUCCUCCGCUCAAUUCUUCGCGUCCCCACUCGCUCUCUCUCAUCUGGUUCUGCUUCUGAUAUGGUUGAGUCUGAUCAUGGGUCGUCAUGGAAAUCAUCCAUGAUGAAUCAGAUGUUCACACUCGACAUAAGCUCUCAAAUAGGGAGCUGUAUGCCUCUGGCGAAUAUGAGGAUCGGGACCCAGAUUCACAACAUCGAGCUUCGACCAGGACAGGGUGGGAAACUCGUACGUGCUGCAGGGACAUCGGCGAAGAUACUUACAGAGCCCAAUAGGUCUACCAGGUACUGCGAGAUAAAACUGCCAUCUGGGGUCAAGAAACUGAUAGACACAAGGUGUCGAGCGACAAUCGGGAUGGUAUCAAAUCCAGAACAUGGAACAAAAAAGCUAAGAAAGGCUGGGCAAAGCAGAUGGUUGGGAAGGAGGCCGGUUGUGAGAGGUGUGGCUAUGAACCCAGUUGAUCAUCCGCAUGGUGGUGGUGAAGGAAGGAGUAAGAGUAGUGGUAGUCAUGGCCGAGUCUCACUCACGCCUUGGGGAAAGCCAACCAAGUGCGGGUACAAAACUGCUCGCCCUAAGAGAAAGAUUUAACUUAAGUUGUAUUCUCUUGAAGAAAAAGGGUUUUUCUGCCUUCUUGCUGAUUUUGUUUUACUGUCUGAUGUUGUGUUUCCUUUAUCUCGGUUUCAAGCAAAUGGAGGGAAAAUAUUGUGCUGUUGUCGGUUUGAGGUUUAAUAUUGUUCUGAAAAUAGAGAAUCGGUCGUGUGAACUACUUGUUUAGGUGAGUAGCUUUCAUUUCGUUCUCAACUUUGUUUUUGCAACGAAGUGGAAGCGUUAUAAAUUUCUUUUCAUAAGAAACCAUAUGAACUGGGGCAUUAUGCACACUCUUGUAAUUUGCAACUCAAGUGUCAAAUAACUAGUUUUAAAUUGAUUUGGU